AUGGAACUUCCUUUCGCAGUUGAACCAUCGGUAGAUCCUGUCACAAGCUCGCAUCUACAAGAAUCAGCAUCAUCUACUUUGAUAAAUGCGCCAUCAGACGUCAGUUCACCGGACUCGAGGCACCUUGAUGGGCUGAAUACUCCUCAAGAUGUUUUUGUCCCACGGUACAAGGAGAAACAGCCAGAAAUCGGGACGAGGGUAUUUAAUUCGGAGGCUAACGAUCCGAAUGACGGCUUUGUCGAUCCCGAGAUCACUGAUUUUACCUAUGUCAACGUGUCAGAUACAGACGUGGACGGACUACACGCAAUCAUUGACGACCAUGAAUUAUAUUUUGAAGCAGAGUCACAGCGAAGUGACGUUUUAGGCUUGCUCUUGAGUGGGACGAAUCCUAUAGUUGAUAUCACGGAUGAGGCCAACAAAGCAGCAUCGAAGGCACUAGAGGCCAAGAAGCGAGGGGACUUGUUGGGAGCAUUGGAGUAUCACACUUUGGCUGCAAGAAAAUACAAGGAGAAUGCAAUCAACAAUCCUUCCUUUGCCAAACCAAUGCUCUUGUUGAGUCAAACACAGGCAAAAUCAGCAAUUGCAUUGAAGAAGAUAAUUCAACUUAAUCCUGAAGAGCUAAUCCAAGCGCUAUCCACAUCGGACGACUCUCUUAGCAAGGAGUCAUCAGCUAUUUCCCACAAGGAUCGUUUACGAGCUGCGGUUAGAGGAGCUUUGGGAUCAAAGAACCACGAAGCUGAUAUUUCUGAUUCUCAGUUCCUUGGAAGAGCUACCGCAAACCCUGGAAGCUACGACGAGGCAAAGUACAGUGAGGUAGAGAUAGAGACGAGUGCUCCAGUAGGCGCUGAUACAAAUAAUAAUCCAGUGGAUGACAUGAUGGAACUGGAACGAGAACUCCGCGACAUGGACAUGGCUUUGGAGUUAGGUAGCUCCAUAUCCUCACUCGAUACAAGAAUGCAGAAUAGGAUGAAAAGUUCUGUUGUCGAUGGUAGCUUUAUGGUUGUCCCCCCAGGUUCAAAUUCAUACAUGUCGUCGUCAAUGUGGGGUGGAGGUCCUAAUCCUCGCUCAUCUGCUCCACAGAGUACAAGCGCGAAUGUCAAUGUCCGUGCGCGAGCUAACCGUGUUCAAAGUGUGAUGGGUGCUUCGACUGCAGCACCAGUUGCUCGGUUAGCGAAACCAGUGCCUCCACCAGCAACACCAACAGACGCUCCAGAUGGACUGGAAUCAAGUUGGUGGGGAAAUGCAAAUUCAACAUCACAGAUGCUCGCAUCAUCUGUGAUUUCGCUGGGAACAAGAGUCGAUAGCGGGCCAAGUAUCGAUAGGGGACAGCCAAUCAAUACUAAACAAUUGAUGCAAUUAAUGGAUUCGCUAAAGGCACUUGGAGAUGAAAACGCAGAGCUGAUCAGACAAGUUGACGAUGCCGAAGCUUCGAGAAGGGAAGCUGAGGCAGCCAGAGAACAGAUGAAACGAUUCAAACAUGAUUAUGGAAAGCGAUUUGCCUCUUUAAAGGCUGCGCUAGACAAGUUUCGACAAGAUUAUCCGGAGCGUGGCGUCACCUCAUCGGAGAAUCCCAUGAAUUCAAGUGAGUUCAUUCGUAGUUCUUCGACAAAGGACCAAAUCCAACGGCAGGAGCAGUUGAUCCGAAAACUGACGGCCGAUUUGAAGAAGGAAAAAGAAGAGAGCAAAAAGAAGGACGCAGCUCUGCGAAAGUACGAAGCCUUCUAUCGAGAGGUAAAAGCAAGAAGUGCGCAGAAGAAGACUGCUCAGCGCAAGACAGAGUCCCAGCGAACCAAACACAAGGCAUGA